GAAAAAUGGCCGACUCACGUAACGUCAAAACUUAUUGGGCGAGUGUCUUCGAAAACGUGUGAUUUAUAUCGAAAACUAAGCGAAAAUUGUAUAUCCAGUGCAUGUGACGUGAUUUAGUGCUUGUGUUUUUGUGUUAUUUCAUAAUAUCAAGAUAAUUUUUACACGGUGGACGACGGAACCAACCAACUGUACACUCGGGUCUGAUGCACAAUGUGAGGGUGGUGGCAUGUGGGGCGCGCAGGCGGGGUGGUGGUGCGGCGCGCUGGCGGCCGCGCUGCUGGCGCUGCUCGCGCUCUGCCGCCGUGCCAAGCGUGCGCCCUCGCCCGUGCCCCAAACGACAGUCACCCAGGUGCACAUAGUGUGUAAUGGUGCGGCACGCGUGACUCGCGUUGGGACUCCGCCGGAACCCCCACGCGCUUGCGUCGCGCUGUCCGCUGCGCCCGCGCCUGAACCCCCCGCCAACUCCCAACAACCCCGACACGAUUCUCAGCAACCUCCUCAUAUACUUAUCGUACAAAGCUGCACACAAAAUACUAUUCCUCAGCAAUCUGACUCACCCCAACCAUCGAGCUCUCAAGGUCCGCGACAACCUCCAUUAGAAUAUCGUGGAAUACCGAAGCUACCUCUGCCGGAGCAGUGGCUUCAUAAACGGCCUUUCGAUUACAAGUAUUCGGCUCUUGCUAGACCAUUUGCCCAAAUCGUUAGUUCGGAUCUCAUGGUCGAUCAGCAAAGGGAAUCGCGAGCCAAGAAGUACAGCGCUACAAGAUCUCCGUCGUUGGAAAAAGACGAGAAGUCACCCUUUGUGAGUAGUGCGAAAUUAGAGGACUCGGAAGUUUUUGGAUUCGAUAGUGAAUCUGUGCGUAAGUUGAGCGAAGAUAGCGAAAAAUCUAGGGAAAUGGGAGAACGACCGCCCUCGUCGCCGCACGAGAGCGAGAAAGAGAUGUCGCCGACUAAUUUGCGAAGAUUUCGAUCAGUGAGCACGAGGCUCAAUAUGUGUAGUGUUAACGAAAGCCCUCUGCCAGAGAGUCAACCGGAGAGGUUAGAAAUGCAAAGUUCUCCUCGUAUACUCGAGUGUAGUUCAGCUAAGGAGAAGACCUCCGGGACUAAAUUCGAUUUUUCACCGAAAAUUUUAGCUGAUACCAUUUCCUCUCCGCGCUUCUUCACACCACCCGAAAUGGUAUCGCCUUUGUUUUUCGCGGAACCCUCACCAAAGUCUGUGUAUUAUGAUAGUGUAAGAUCACCGAAAUUCUUUCCUGAAACGCCUCGGGACGCGGAAGUUCCUCAGUCGCAGCGAGCGUUAGGUGACCACAGAAACCGUACAAACGGUAUGUCAGACAAACCCAGCUCGCCUAGAGUUUUAAGUGCUCGACCUAGCCCUAAGGUUCAUAGUUAUAAUAAAGAAAAUUACUUCACAUUCGAACACGUCGCUGCAACGGAUGAGAAUGCAGCGAGAGUAUCACCGAGACCGAAACGAUACGGGGGGAGGAAUUCCAUAGAAAGAGAAAGAUUUACGCCACCAGCCGAAAAGGUUGACGUAAAAAAGUAUAGAAGACAUAAUAGCUGUGAUACGAACUAUAGAAGCGUAGAGGUUAAUAUAUCCGAAUGUGAUGAUAUCAAAGAAACAGCAGAUGCUGGAACUAAAAUGGACGCAACUGACAGGGAUGUAGUAGAUUGUUGUGCCAAAAUAGUGUCUUUGCAAGUCGAUACAAAGGCAAAUGAGACAAACGAAUUGACUCCUAUUUCGAAUUCUGCGCAAUUGAGACGACAGAGAUUAAAAUCAAUAUCUCUAGAUUCAGAUAAUGCAAAAAUAAUCGAACAGAAUCUAGGUUUACCAAUAGCUAAACAGAUGAAAGAUCAAAUGAACGAAGCGUACAAAAAUCAGGAAGCGAGCGCGUCCUGUGAAAGCAUAGAGCGGUAUCAAAAAUCACCUUCGAAUGAACGACCAGCUUUUAAAUUUGACGUUGAUCAGAAGGAAAAUGUUGAAAGUGACCCGAAAUCGCCGGAUCGCAAGCAGAAGAAAUGUCUCCGUCAAAGUUGCGAUACCCAGUCUUUCUUAGAUAUGCCCAGGUUUUCGCCCAAGGAAUUCGAAAUUACAGUAACAUCCGAAGAAGGUGCAACGACAUCCGCUGAAACUCAAACGAAACGAAGAGGUAAGAAUUUACGAAACUUAACAAUCGAUUUGUCGAAACGCGAUAGCGAUCUCGAAAAAGAACUGUUAGAAUUCGAGAAGCUCUACACAAAUGCUGAAGAGAAGAAGGUUAAAACACCAACUUUAAAAGUCAAAGCGACAUCAUUGGAUUCUUCUGAAACCGUAAAUCUUUCUCUGCCCCAGAAGAAGACCCUAGAAGUACCCCAAAACUCCAUUUCUGUCCCCAAUACUCCAAAACGUCAGUUGAAACGUAUACUAGCUCAAAAGAACGUGAAACACGAUUUGUCUGGUGGUAAAGUGGGGUAUAACUCAAUACAAUCGAACGCAGACCAGCGUAGGUUGUUCAUGAAGGGGCAGGAUAGUGGUAUAUUUCUAAGAGAGAAUCACGCGAGCCUCAUGUUAUACCAACCUGGCACUUCUAGAAUGGGUUCUCGCACAAUGGGCUCGUUCGACGAAAACAUGACGGAUAACGCUCCGGAAAUAAAUGUUUCCACCGUUGAUAAUAGGCCUGGAUUUCACCUGGAUUCCGGUCAAACACUAGGGUCUAACCUAUUAAAUUAUAAACAAAAUUUAAGCGUGUCAAGUACAAACUUAAAAACCCUUCCCGAGGGUGUACCGUCUGUUGAUUUCGAACCGUGCGUUGAAGACGAAAAAUUGGUUAAGAAAUUACAUAGACGUAAUUCGAAUCAAAGUAUGUUAGGUACGCACAGUUUGCAGAGCUCGAAUUGUUCUCUAAGUAGCGCGGGCGCCUCGUGUCAUAAUUUAGCGACCGUUAGAACGAGUAUAUCGAAUUUUAGUUUAAACAACGAUAGCAGACAAAAGAAGUUUUCAUUGGAAAGGCGAGAUUCUAGCGCCUCCAUCAACCCGAGUGAUCACUUAACGCCAACCACGAGAGUGAUAUGUUCGUCUAAUACAAAUUUGUCUGGGGAAGUUUCCAAAAAUUGUCUGCUACAGCGCCGUGGCUCAAACAAUAGUCUUACCUUGAAUAUAUUAUCGUCAAACAAUCUUAGUCGACAUUCGAGUAACAGUUCUCUGAACAAGGAAGCUAAACUUACCCAAAAAAAGGGUUUAUUAGAGAGGAGAAGCUCAAAUACAUCUCUUACUCUUAAUAUUAACACUUCGAACCCUCAACUAUCGACUAAUCGUGGCCUAAGCAUAUCAAAUUACAAUCUAAAUGGUUCUACAUGUAACCUAAGCAUAUAUAACAGCAACCAUAGCAUCGAUAAUGCUGAACCAAGGAAGGGAAUCUUAGAAAGAAGAAGUUCUAAUACGUCCCUAACUCUCAACAUCCAACCUCAAGAGCCCAGAGAUUUAGAAAUAGACGAGACGUUAAUAGAUGCAAAUCUUAAAGAUUUACCGCACCGAGAUAAACAUAGAAAGUCACUGAGCACUGAAAAUUUAAUACCAAAAUCGUAUAAAAAUAGAACAAAAUUCCGGUCAACGGAAAAGAGUUUCGGUUCACACGAUAAUUUGUGGUCAGCAUCGUACGGCGACCAGGAAUAUACCCAGAACCUAACCUACGUUUGUGGUGAUCAGGAAAAUGAGAUUAUAUACGCGUUCGGUCGUCAGGAGGACAGUAACUUCCAACCCGGUUUCGUCCGUAAUAUUACAACGAAACCUCUGAGCCCUCAAAGUACCUCUGAAGAUUUCAGACUGUAUUUAGCCAAUAUGCAACAUUUACAGAACGCUUCGAGUGUUUUGACGAGACAACAGUUAAAAGACUUGAACGAUGUCUUCCAAAAUGGAUAUUCCAAAUUUAAAUGCUUGAGCAAAAAUGAGGGUCAGCACUGUUGUUCAGGUCGCGUCGAUAUCGAUCUUAUGUCAGCAGAGAAUCCAGAGAUGGCUCUGUCGGAACCGGUGGUAUCGCAACCAUGUUCUGAAUACCAGAAAAUGUUAUUGAGAAACUUACACCAGGAGUUUUGGGAUAUGCCGACUAAUUUUCAGGAGAAGCCAAUAGUGUCGGGGUCUCAUACGAAGAAUAGGUACAAGACGAUCCUACCCAACGAACAUUCUAGAUUCAUUCUUCGAGCUGAUGGUGAUAACGGCGAGGGAUACAUAAAUGCCAAUUAUAUAAAGGGGCACGAAUACACCAAAAACAGCUACAUUGCAACUCAAGGGCCACUCCCGAACACAUUAUACGAUUUCUGGCUAAUGGUUCGGCAAAACAACGCCGAAUUCCUCUCCCAAAGACCUCCUGGUACCAACACCGAAUAUGUGCAGAAGAUAGUCAUGCUGACAAACUUCAUAGAGAACAACAGGCAAAAAUGCGAAAAAUAUUUUCCACUGGAGAUAGAUGAGGAAAUAACCAUAUCAAGUCCUGAUUGCUCGGAGGUCUGCUUCUUUUUUGAAGACGAUACCCCGAAGAACACGUUUAAAAUCAAGAAUACCGGGAAGAUAAAGAAAUCUGGUUACACUAUAAGAAAAUUGGAUAUGACAUAUGUGAAUUCAAGUGGUGUUAGUGAUGAUAAUGUCUCAGUGUAUCAUUAUUGGUUUCACAAUUGGGCGGAUCAUAAGUGUCCGAAGGAUGUUAAUGCUUUGUUAAAUUUGAGUUUGGAUAUUUUAAAAGAAGAGUGUUAUGACUUCAGUGAGUUUAAAGACGAGAAAGAAGAACAGUGUAAAUGUAGUGAUAGUCCUAAGCCCGGUUCCAAGUUCGUUUUUCCUCCGCUGGAGUCCCAGAGCAUAGCGUGCCCUGUCAAAGUGUGUGUAACGUCACCUUUGAACUUCUCUGUUGAAAAUCACUCACCACCAACAAUAAUUCAUUGUUCUGCGGGUAUUGGCAGGACAGGGUGCUUGAUUGCUAUCCUAAAUGGUAUAAAGCAGUUGACAAAUGAACAGAAAGUAGAUAUACUGGGUAUAGUUUGUAAUAUGCGUUUGAAUAGAGGAGGUAUGGUACAAAACUCGGAGCAAUAUGAACUUAUACACAAAGUGCUGUGUUUGUUCGAACACGCUUGCUUGCCCGAUUUAUAGCUAAAACGUUAACUAACCAGUCUUGUGAUUAAUUUUUGUUUUUUUUUUUUUAAUAUUUUUCCAAAAAUUAGUUUUAAUGUAAAUUUUGUUCGAGUAUGAUUUUAAAUUUUAUUUGUGACAAUCUUUCAUAACCCUCAAAACAGUUUUAUUAAUGAUGCCUCUUUUUUAUCUGUGGAAAAUAAUGUAUCAGUGUAGAAGCUCCUUAAUUUUGUAUUUUAUGUUUAUAUUUUAUUAGUCCAUAAAACUGUGUUACAAUAGUAGAAUAAUUAAAAAGAUUUAAAGUAAGGAAUAAUAAUAUCAUAUUGUAAAAAGGACAUUAUUUUAAUAGCACCAAAAAUUUUAUUAAUACACUAAGCAUUAUGCCAUGUGUAAAUUGUCCGAAUAAUAGAUAAAAACUGAUAUUUUUGAUCUAGAGUGAUAAUGUCACUAGAUCAAAAAUAUCGGUUUUGUAUGUCUUAUUAAGUAAAUAAUCAUUAUUUAUUUGUUUUAGGUAUUUAGGUAAUUUCUCAUGUUUGCUUUUAAAUACAACAGAUAUUAAUUAAAUUGCUACUUAUGACAUAAAUUUUCUAAUUUUAAAAUGAUAGCAGUUUUGCUUUACUCUAACAAAAGGCAUAAAUUUGUUUUAUAAUAAAUAUGUUUUAUUUGAUAAGACACAUAUAUAGAUAAACUUUAUCCUAGUACAAAAUUUGAGCCAAAUCCUUAAAGCUGAUGGUAGGGCUUUGUGCAAGCUCGUCUGGGUAGGUACCACCCACUCAUCAGAUAUUCUACGGCAAAUCAGCAAUACUUGAUAUUGUUGUGUUCCGGUUUGAAGGGUGAGUGAGCCAGUGUAAUUACAGGCACAAGGGACAUAAAAUCUUAGUUCCCAAGGUUGGUGGCGCAUUGGCUGUAUAAGCGAUGGUUGACAUUUCUUACAAUGCCAAUGUCUAAGGGCGUUUGGUGACCACAUACCAUCAGGUGGCCCAUAUGCUCGUCCACCUUCCUAUUCUAUAAAAAAAAAAAGCUAUUUCCUAGAUACACAAAAUAUAUACAUAAUUUUAUAGAAGAAUUGCUCAUUUAAAAUUAUAAGAUACUAAAUUAUGAUAGCUAUUAUUUUAAAGCGCGCAACGCUACACAAUAGUACAGUGAUUAUAUUACAUUUUUUAAUUCGUUUAUUAUAAAAUUUAAUAAUUUAUAAUUGCUUUAGUAAACACUAAAUACUAAAAAAGAAGGAAUCCGCUUAUUAUUCUACUAUUGUAAACAUUCUAUUGGUAUAACAUUAAUGGACCCAGAUAAAGAAAUACUACUGAUUUUAAUCUAAAGACAGCGCACAUUUUAUUUUAAAAUUAAUUUAUUCUAGUUUAGAUAAGGUAGCGAAUUCUGACAAAUUUAUAAUUAUAUUGUUGUUUUAUAUUGGAUUGUCCGGAAAGUUUGUGAUGAUGAAACAUAAAGUAAAGGCCGGCCCCUUUACUUUACACAAUAUAUGGCUUCAUUACUGAUUAAGUGUAUGUAUAAAUGCCAUUCGUUUUCUAUCAACGGAUAUAUAUCAAAUAUAUCAGAUAGAUAUUCAGAUAUAUUCUUGUGCUGCCUAUUAAUAUUUAGGGAGAGCCGGACCACUGUAUAUAAAAUAUGCCCUCUUCCAUAAAUAAACAAGGACUUUCUUCAAAAACAGAAAUUGCUUUGAUCUAGAUUUACUAAUAACAUAACUCAAUUCGAAUACUAGGUAGAUAAUUUUCUUUUUACAAUGUUUAUGUAAAGGCAUCUAAAAAUUAUUUAGUAAAUACUUUGUUGAUUUGAAUGAUACCUAUUUAGCAUUAAUAAUAUCAAUUUGUAAAUGUAGUAUCAAGCCAAUGUUAUAAUCAAGAACAUUAGCACAACAAAUCUAGGAUUGAUAUUUAAUUAUGCAAAUGCGAGUCAAAUAUAACUUGGUUACGGGUCAUUUAUGAAAAUGAUGGUGUUUUAUGGAUAAAACUGUCAUGGUGAAUACAUAAAGUCCCCAAUGGGUAUUAAACCAUCUGGGUUUAGGGUACAACCAGACCACAGCACCAAACAACAAUCAUUUGACCAUAGUAUUAUAUACAGUCAAUUUUGCCUUAUUGUCUGUAAACGUUAGUUUGUGUAGUGUAAUUUAAAAUUAAUUGUUGUUGGUAGUUCAAAUAUGUUUGCACAGCACAUACACUUGCCCUCUUGAUAAUACGAUGAAGAAAGUCCUGUUUAAAUAAUUUUGUAUAAACUUUUAUAUAAAUAUAUCAUUAUAUUUAAUAUAAUAGUGAAAAUAUAUUUUUUUCUUUUAAAGAGAAAUAAUUAUCGAGCGCAUGCGUUCAAGCAUGAAAGAAGAUUUAUGUACAUUGAGAAUAAUUGCAGAUAAUUAUACUAAGAAUUGAUAAUUAUAUUAUUGUGUUAUGGCAACACUGAUCACCGUCAAUUAAAAUUUAUUUUCGAGUAUGCACUUAAAUCGUAGUCUUAUAAUAUUAAUUGGCUAUAAAUACGGAUUCUAUUAUUUUAAAAUUAUUGAUACCUAUAAAAAUAUGUAUCGUUUUUAAUAAUAUAAUCCAAUAAUGAUCUUAAAAAGGUAUCAGCGUUUGCUCAUUGAAGAAAAAGGUUUUUGAUAAUUCUAUUUUUUAUAUAAAAAUUACUUCGCUCAAAUAAACCUUGCUUUACAAAAUACUAUGAAUAUUUUUGGCUUGUACACGAGCGUAUUUUUUUAACAAAUUGACCAACGUUCAGUGCUGUCAUGCUAAAAAAAAAAAAACAAAAUAUUUUAGCGUUCAUCAAACUUUCAAAUUUGAAAUUUUAAAUAUAUUAAGAGAAAGCAACAUUUUAUAUGUUUUAUAUAUAAGAAGACCCAUGUAUAUUACAUAGUAAGUGACUUUGUGCUAUAUUUAUUUUAUUAGGUAGUAAAUAAAAAAGGAAUUAUUUAUUUCUAUUAUCAAAGAUAUGUAGUUUAUAAGAAUUUUAGUCAUUUAAAUAUUAUUGAAUCAUAAAUGUAAAUAUGUGUGUCAAGUAUAUUAAUAUUCGUUUUUUUUUUAAUUUUUAAAUAUUUUACGGCAAGCUUUGCAAGGAAAA